ACAUAUCUAAUAUUCUCUCUUUUGGAAAAAAAAGAAAGGGAAAUCUUAGCUAUACUAUACCUCUGCAACUCCGCUCAGAAAUUUACGUUCAAUGUCAAGGCACAACAUGAAACCCUAGCGUCUGCACCAUUUGAGUUUCCAGAGCAUAAAGGGACAUGGGUUUUUCUCUGUCUCCUUCAUCGCCCUUUCUCUCCAUCGACAAUCGCUCUGGCUUGCGCCGUUGCGAUCUGCCAAUCUUCGGCUAUUCGAAUCCAAUUGUAAAUUUUUACAUUUCGAGGCACCGGAGAGUAUGUUUGUCUGCAUCGGUUACGGAGAGAAGAAUGGAAGCUUCUUGGUUGACUCCAGAAGGAAAUGCUAGCGACGAUUAUGGUGGUUGGGCGGUUAUCGAAACGCAAGUCGAGAAGAAGAAAGGUUCUCCAACAUUUCUCUUGGCGAGCAUUGGGACUUCAAUUGCAAUCGCAUUAAUGGCAAUUGCGCACUUCUCACUUGCAAGAAAUGGUUUCAAGUUUAAGUUUGUCACAUUGCAAGAUCUACAAGGCAUAUUAAAGCCGUCCACUUCAGUAUCCGAUGCAAGUCCCGUGGUGUCGCAGGGAGAAACAGAACCUUCGUUUGAUGAAACAAGUGAAACCACUGCAUCAGUGUCUGUAGAAAAGCUGAAACGCAUUGUUAUUCCGGUUGCUGCGGAUUCUGUUCAACAGGAAGCUCUACUAGUUUUAAAGAAGUUGAAGAUAAUUGAAGGUGAUGUUAAGGGCAAUGAGUUGUGUACACGGAGGGAAUAUGCAAGAUGGCUAGUCAAAGCAAAUUCAGUGCUGGAAAGGAAUCUGAAGCAUCGAAUUAUUCCAUCAUUGUUACUUGCUGGUCCUCUGGUUGGUGCAUUUGAUGAUGUGAAUGACAAAGACCCAGAUUUUUGGUACAUUCAAGCCCUUGCGGAGGCUGGGAUAAUUCCAAGCAAGCUAUCAGGGAAGAAUAAUUUUUCUGGGCAGGAUGGUUUGAAAAGCCAAGGAAGCAAUGUUUUUCUUCCUCAGAGUUUCAUAACUCGUAUGGAUCUUAUAAACUGGAGAGCUCAAGUAGAAUACUCAUCUAUUGCAGAGCUAGAAGAAAAGAUGUCAAUGACACAAGUUGGUUUUAUGGAUUUGAGGGAGAUUGGUCCAGAAGCAUCACCAGAGUUUUAUAUGGACAUGCUGGCUAGUGAAAAGAGUAUACUGAGAAAAGUCUUUGGACAGACUAAGCGUCUUCAACCAAGCAAGCCUGCAACAAAAGCUCAGGCAGCAGUUGCACUUACGAGUGGCAGGAUGGAGGAAGCAAUUCGUAAUGAACUAUCAAGGCUAGAGACUGAAAGUUUAUCAAGGGAAGCUGAAACGGAAGAAAUCAAGUCCGAGUUGCUAGGUAGGGGAGAAAUACAAAAAUAUUGGGAGGGGAAAUUGAAUGAAGAAAAAGGUCGUGGUUUUGAGGUAGAGAGGGAUUUUCUUGCAGCAUCUCAUGAUCUUGAACAGGAAAAGAUUGUUCGAGAGAAGAGCCUUGCAGAGCAUCUGAAGGAGAAAACAGCUCUUGACUGUCAGACGCAGUUGCUUCUUGGUCUAAAGGAGGAAAUCAAUGAGAUGUCUGGGAGGCUUGCCUCUGAGAAGGCAAGUUUUAUGGUUGAGCAGCGGACUUUAGAGGAUAUGCGCAUUGAUUUACAGGCCAAGCAGGAAGCCAUGCUUGAUGCCAAGUCUGUACUGGAAGCUGAAAAAGAAGCUCUCCAAAUUCUUAGAUCAUGGAUCGAGGAUGAAGCGAGAAAGAACCGAGCACGGGCAAAUGUUCUUGCAGAGGUUGGAAGGAGGUGGAGAUGGGAUGAUAGAUCAUAAUUGUCCUAGCACCUACUUUCUUGAGAGUGAGGGUGUCCGAAAAUGUCUGAAUCAUGGUGGAAUGUCUUGUAAGGUCGUGGAAAAGGAGCAAUAUCUGAUUAGUGGGUUCCAUUAUUUUUUUCUCUUAUUUAAUAGUUCCAAUCAAUAAUGUAUCUUAUUUUCUUGGCAGCUGAAGUAGCUUAGCAAUUGAAUGCUUAAUGGUUAAUAGAAAAAAAAAAGUUGUCAA